UCCUCCCAGUGCGCCCUGGCGGCCGGCAGGCACGGAUAGGCUAACUUUAAAUCCCUUUGGCUGGAAGACGUCGGAACCAACUGGGCAGUCUCAACCACCUACUGGUGCUUGUCCCUUUAAAUCCCCUCCACCUACGUGGCCAUGGGCAAGAGCCGGACCAAGCGCUUCAAGCGACCUCAGUUCUCCCCUACCGGCAGCUGUCAGGCCGAGGCUGCGGGAGCCGCGAAUGGGACCGAAAACGAGGAGGACGACGAGCCGGCGGCCGAGCUGCUGGAAAAGCUCCAGCACCCGAGCGCUGAGGUCCGCGAGUGCGCUUGCGCGGGGCUGGCCCGCCUGGUGCAGCAGCGGCCGGCGCUGCCCAGCCUUGCUCGCCGCGAUGCUGUACGCCAGCUCGGGCCGCUGCUGCUCGACCCCAGCCUGGCGGUCAGGGAGACGGCGGCCGGCGCGCUGAGAAAUCUCAGCGCUUGUGGAGGUUUUGAAGUUUGUGAUGACAUGGUGACUAAGGACAUCAUGACUCCCCUGGUGGCUCUGCUAAAAGAGCUGCCCAUGAUAACAUACUGUUUGCAGACAGUGACAGAAGAUAACCCAGAGCUACUGAAAUCUCUCAAUGCCACAACAUUGCAUGGGCUGGAAUGUGCCAUGCUUUGUCCUGUCAGUUCCAUGGAGUACAUUCUGUUAAAGACCCUGGUGGCAGGCACAGUCUGGAAUCUAAAGGACAUUAUUCCAUCCAAGAGUCAGGCAGAGAUCAUAAAUGCCAUACUGAAGAUCUUAUCUGAAGUUUUAGAAGUCGAUGCCAUGAAAACGGUUAUUCAGAUGAAGGAGGCUGAGACUCAGCGGAUAAAGUUGGCUGCAGAGAGUGAGGAGGUCCUGGAGCAUGCUAAUGGCAUUAAUGGCACUGAUCUGGUUGAAGAUGAUGAAAUGGAGGAAACUCCUCGAAAGAGAAAAGUCAGAAGAAAGACUUUUAUUUCUGAUUUACUUCCACCCACUGACAAGGAACUGAGAGAGACCACAGCCUUGCUGGCAGCUCAGCAGACCGCUCUGGAAGUUAUCGUCAACAUGUGCUGCAGUGAAGAUCCCUCAGAUGAUGAGUGGGAAGAGCUGUCGAGCAGCGAUGAAAGCGAUGCCUUCAUGGAGACUUCCUUCACUGAGGAUGGCGGGCAGCUACUGACCCCACUCUGCCUGUCCCACGAGAUUCACACUGCUCUCACUAGCUGCCUUAUCCCAAAGAAGGUAUUUGAGAAAACUGCCUUUCCAAGCAGCGUCGCUGUUGACAUAUGCUCCCAGAGCCCUACUUGGAAACCUUUGAUUAGAAAGAUGAACACUAUACAGUGUAGAGCCCUUGUGUGCCUCCAAAGCCUAGUGUCCCUCUUGGAUGUGGAUCACCUGGGAGGAGCUCCGGCCCUUUACACACUUGCGCAGCACCUUUCAGACCUGCUGUUUUCGCAGCCAGGUUUUGCUGACCACCCGGACUUUCUAGAAGCCAUAACUAGUGCCUUGAGGGCCCUUUUGCAAACAAUGGCCUCUAAUAACCUUCCCCAGUGCAUGACACCCGAGCAGCUGAUGACACUGUGCAGAGCUGGCAUUGGGAGCAGCAAUGUCGGGGUUCGAGUGAACGUUGUCAGUAUUUCAGGAAUCACUGGCAGCAUGCUGGCCAAAGAAAGUGGGACACUUGACACUCUUAAGACCAUUGGGUGCUUUCUGCUUGAGAUCGCCACCAAAGACCCUUCCCUCGUGGUUGUAGGAGAAGCUCUGGAUGCCCUCUUUGAUGUCUUUGCAGAUGGGGAGGAAGCUGAAAGGGCUUCAAUCCAAAUAAAAUUGCUAUCUGCUCUCAAAGAAUUUCAGCCUGUCUUCAAAACGAAGAUACGAAAGGAAGGAAGAGGUAAAUACAGUCCAGAUCAGCUGUGUGUUCUUGACAAUGUGAAGAUGAACUUGAGAAGGUUUAUUGCUUAUCAAGAAACUGUGGAGAAAAGACUGACUUCCUGAAACAUCAGAAGAGACUCAAGACUCUCUCCUGGGGGCAUGGUCAGAGGUGGAGUGCUUGUGUAUGAUGUGGGAAGGCCUGGGUCUGUCCCCAGUGCCACAAAAAGAGACCAACUUCCCAAAGGAGUUGAUGCUGCAAAUAUAUGCUUCCAAAAGCUCUUGGAAUGCUUGUACUUUGAACUUUAAUUUGAAGUUCAUUUAAAAAAAAAGUAAAAUCUGUAAGAAACGUGUGCUUGGGCUGUGGGUUCUGUGCAUUUGCCUAUGUGUCUCCAGCAAACUUCAUUCCCCGGGAACAAAGUGUUUUUAUGCACGCACUCUGCUCUGAACCACAUACCUGGCCCACAUCUGGUUCCCAACCACUUCCUGGGCAGUAAAGACAUUUUCAACAAUCAUGCCCUUGAAUUUUGCAAGACAGCAAAGUCUCAAUCAUUACCUGGGUACUUUUUUAAGCCACAAAUUUUUUUAUUAGCUGAAACUAACUGAAAUAUGCAGUCCUGAAGUGCUAUAUACUAUUGUGAAAAAGUAAUUGAAUUUAUUUGUAUCACUCAGGGGCUGGUACUGAUGAGCUACGGAGGUGACAGUAAUCUCAUGGUGACAUGAUCAAUCACUGCCUUGAUUUAAUAUGGUUUAGAGUCAGAAUUAUAGAACAUAUUUUGAAUAAAUAACAUUUUCA